AAGAAACAAACAAACCAACAAGGAAGGAAGGAAGAGAAGGGUGUGGAGUUCACGCACAACAACAACGCAACGACAACAACGACGACGACGACACGUGUGCACUUCCCAAGCAAGCAAGCAAGAAAGCAAAUACACGACAUGCGACUGCUGCGGGCGAUACGAAGGGGGCGGGCACUGCCGAAGAUCAUCGAAGCAGGGCACCCCGUCUUGAGGGAGAAGGCAGCACCCAUCCAGCGCUCAGAUAUCACGGAUGGCUCCAUCCGGAACCUUGUGGACUCACUGUCAGCCCGGUUACGGGAGGACAAAGGCUUUGGGCUCUGCGCACCUCAGAUUGGCGAGUCCUUGCAGCUGUUUGUGAUGGAGGUGACACCAGACAUGAUUGAACUGGAGACCAACUUCCGCGACAUCAAGAUGCUGGACAUGCGGCCCGUCCCGCUCACAGCGAUUGCCAACCCACGGCUCAAGUAUGGCAAGAAGAUGAGCACGCACCGCGAGAGCUGCCUGAGCAUACCAGGAUACAGCGCGCACGUGACGCGGCCCGUCGACAUCCACCUCACGGGCCUGUGUGCUGUGACGGGCACGGACGUCUCUGUGGCGCUGAGCGGCUGGACAGCGCGCAUUGUGCAACACGAGGUCGAUCACCUCAACGGGUGCCUGUACACGGACAAGAUGGACGCAAGCACGCUCUCCAUCAACGAGAACACCGUCAAGUACCUUCACCCGCUUGACGUGCAGAACGACGGCGCAAAGUCCAUCAAGCUGCGCAAUGAAAACGCCCUCUAGCUCGGGCUAUACCAUUCACACACACACACGCGCACAUUGCUUGGGGACUGUGUAUCAUGCCUCGCAUUGUGCGUUCGUUCGCGUCCAUUCACCCAUUCAUUCAUGUCACAGCUGGUGUUUGGUUCGUUCCAAUUCUUCGUCUGUACAUAUAAAGUAGUCAUCAGGCAA